UUUGAUGCGAUAUUAUGAGAUUAUAAUGUUUUUAUUAAAUAAAGAUGACGUGCUACAAGUAUUAAAGUCAGCAAAAUAGCGUAUCAAAACAAAGUCAUGACCUAAAAUCGUCAUUACACAUUCUGACAUUCAACGUUAGCCAGUAAAAUGAAUAUUAUUUUAUUUAUAUCUUUAAUACAAUCUACAUAUUAUUUUAAUGGAAUCGUUUGUUUAAAAAACAAAGGAGACAGAAUUAAAAAGUGUUCGGAUAAUAAUAGCAGAUUAGAUGAUUUUUUAAGUAAAACAUUAAAAGUAUUUGACACAAAUGAACAGAAAUUAAAUGAAUUUUCCAAUGAAAAUUUAAGUGUUAGAAGUGAAUGUUUGGAUAGUAGAAAUGUAACGUGUUUAUUUGACGGUCUGUUGAUUCAUCACGAUGUGCCUCAUUCACACUGGCUUAAAUACAAGGUGACAUUUUUUUUUUAUUUCAAAUGCACCUUAUACUUAAAUCAGAGCUCUCCAAGUCCAACCAAGUAGAUUUUUACUGAUUUACUAGUGGUGGGAGUGUUAUGUAUGUCCAAAGAUAUUUUUCCUAUUCUUUUUUUUUAAAGUAUUAUGAUGAUUUCACUCCCAAAUAAUUGUAUAGAAGUGGAAUGAAAUAAAAAUGCCAUUCUUUCUCGAUUUUAGUUUAAAGAUCUUUUGGUUCCUUAAUUUUUCACUCUUUAUAUUUUUGGCAAUAAAAUUUAGUUUGGGUCAUACACCCCUCCAUCCUACGCCUAUUUUCGCUAUUCAAGUUCAAUGUGGAUAAUAAUGACAAAACGUUUUCUUUUUAAAGAAACAGUAUUCAAUUAUGAGAAAACUACACUGCCACAUAAGUUUAUAGUAGUUUAUA